UCCAGGAAACCAUACUAUUUUAUUAUUGUGACAGUAACAUUCAUAACUUUUUAUUGUGUACAUACUAGAUAUAAUUACCAACCAACGGUAGAUACUUCCGUAAUAAAUAAUAAUAUCACCCAUCAUUAUAUAAAAGAAACAAGAAAGGAUGCAAUCAAAAAAGUUGAUCUAGAAAUGAAAUACAUACUUCUAUGGACAAACCCACAGAAUUCCCCUUUCAUAUAUUUUGGUGAAGGAAGUGCAGUGUUUGAAAACAAAACGUGUCAAUGGAAAAAUUGUUACGUUACUGGAAACAGGAAUUAUUUAGGAGACUAUAGCGAAUUUGAUGUCAUUGUUUUCAAUGGACCGCAAUUGUUGCCACUAGUAAAUUUGUAUGACCUACCAAAGAAACGUUUUGUAACUCAAAAGUACGUGUACGCCAAUAUAGAAUCUGCCGCAAUAUAUCCUAUUUGUUCAGAUAGAUGGAAUAAUUUUUUUAAUUGGACUUGGACUUAUAGACUCGAUUCCGAUUCUGUAUGGGGGUAUAUCUCAGUAAAGAAUGCAACCGGACAUGUAAUAGGACCAAAAGAAGUGAUGAACUGGAUAAAUCUGUCUGAUAUGGAUGACAUUGAUGAAAAUUUGAAGUUAAAGUUGAAAAGUAAGAAAAAACUGGUUGCAUGGUUUGUUUCUAAUUGCGAUACUUUGAGUUUAAGAGAGGAAUAUGUAAAAGAUGUGCAACAAGAAUUACAGAAAUAUAAUUUAGAUGUCGACAUAUUUGGCAGUUGUGGAAAACACCAAUGUCCUCGGGAUAUAAUGCCCCGAUGUCUUGAUGUUUUAAAAAGAGAUUAUUAUUUCUAUUUUGCAUUCGAAAACGCUAUUAGUCAGGAUUAUGUAACGGAGAAAAUCUUGUACGCUUUAAAUUCUAACACCGUUCCAGUAGUUUAUGGCGGUGCAAAUUACUCAAGAUUCAUGCCAGAAGGAAGUUAUUUAAAUGCUCGAGAAAUGACACCGCUAAUAUUAGCCAGGAAAAUGUUUGCAAUUUCACGAAAUAUUGAGAUGUAUUAUAUGUAUUUUAGAUGGAAAAAGUAUUAUUCAUAUCAUUUUAGGCAUGAAACUCCCGAUACAGACGAUUACUGCAAUUUCUGUGCAAUGAUUAAUAACGAAUAUCUAAUGAAAACUACAACAAUUUACGAACAUUUUAAUAAAUGGUGGACAGCUAAUGACUCUUGGUGA